UGUUUGUGUGUGUUCGGAAAUGAUAGUAAACAGCUCUCUUCGAAGAAAUUAAUUUUUUGUGGUGAUUGAUAAUGGUAAUUUUCAUGGAUCAUGGGGGUCCAUGAGCCAUGACGUUUAAAUAUACGGUUGUGACAUCAAGGAUAAUUUUCUAACCCUCGGAUGAGUUAAUUUACCAUGUUACUCAGUGCGAUUUUACCUCUCCAAGUCAAUCAAAAUGAUCACUUCCCUCUCCUCGGAGUGUGUUAGGAUAAUGCACACAUGUUCAGAUAUGAUAGUCAGAAAAAAGUCCGUUUUAAUCCUAAUUACGGCGCUAAUUUUAUGUGUAUUGUACCUGAGGACCAAAGACUUGGAGAAGUUCGAUGGAAUGCAAGCAACUCUCGACAGGCUUCGGCUUGAGUUGGAAGAUUCACAAUCUUUGGUGAAGCAGCUUAGUCAAGUGCAGUUGGACAAGAGGUCUACUUGUGCGCAAUGGGAUCCUGCUCUCCCUGUUGUAUACGUCAUUACUCCAACAUUCGCAAGACCUGUUCAGAAAGCUGAGCUCACUAGGUUAUCUCAAACAUUCAUGUUGGUUCAAAAUUUGCAUUGGAUUAUCGUGGAAGAUUCAAAACAAAAGACUGCUCUAGUCAGUAAUCUCCUGAAGAACUCAAAUCUAAACUAUACUCAUCUUAUUAAUAUGACACCACCUCAAUGGAAACUGAAACAAAAAGAACAAAGAUGGCGGAAGCCAAGAGGAGUCACACAGAGAAAUGCAGGACUUACUUGGCUGCGGGAAAGCAAGAAACCAGCUGUAGAUAGAGGUGUAGUGUACUUUGCGGAUGAUGACAACACCUACACUGUUCAAAUACUCAAUGAGAUGAGAUACACACGGAAGGCUAGUGUCUGGCCUGUGGGCCUGGUGGGUGGGCUCAUGGUAGAGAAACCAAAUAUUGACCCUGACACAGGUCGUGUGAGCAGUUGGAACAGUGCAUGGCGUCCUGAGCGGAAGUUCCCAAUUGACAUGGCAGGCUUUGCUAUCAACUUGCGAAUUCUCCUAGAAAAGCCUAGUGUCAAAUUCUCAUACCAAGUGGAACGUGGUUAUCUUGAGACGGACAUUCUCAGUCAAGUAACUACACCGGAGGAACUUGAACCUCUUGCUGACAAUUGCACUAAGGUUCUAGUUUGGCACACUAGGUCGCAAAAUCCUAACCUGGAGGCGGAAAACCGAUUAGCUAGGAAAAGUCUGCCACCUUCAAAUGCAGGCAUAGAGGUCUAACAUUCAGUGCAGUGUUAUAAAUGUUACCAAUGAUAGCCAUAGCUACGCACCAUUUCGCGAGCCAAAAUAAUAGGGUUGGAUCAGAGGUCUGCUCAGAUCCUGUGCCAGGAUUCCUAAUGCAGAUAAUUCCAAACCAGGUGAGUACUCUUUGUCUUAAUGUAGUUGGCCAGCAAUUUAUAGCCAGUAUAAUUGUCCGCUUAGAUUGCUCUCUGUCACUUUGUCUGUUUUUUUAUAGUUGUAAUUUUAACAAGCCCUAGUUUCCGCAUUCCUAAUUUUCUUAGUUUUUUAGAGUUCAUUUUUAUGUAUUAAUUUGUGUGCUGCUGUAAGUGACUCAUUUUACUGUCUCGAUUAUUUAGACAAAGUUUUAGGUUUUUUUUUGUCGCAACUCUUGCACCUUCUUUUAAUUAGUGACCAAUGCUCUAUAUUAUUUUGUCAGUUCAAUUCAGCUUGCUCAGAGGGUGUGGAUAUUCUUUUGUUAACAGCAAGCUUUUGUAAACACAUUUUUUUUUUUUUUUUUUUAAAAAAAAAAAAAAAAAAUGAAUCCUGAAGGACUCUAUGGCAAAAAAUGAUGCUGCUGAGAGGGUUAUACAUUUUGCUUUAAAUUCGAGUUUUUUGAUGACCAAAGUUGAAAUGUUGCAUGUAUGCUAAAAUGUACACUGAGUUUUAGUAACCUGUCAUAUUUCGAGGUUGAAACUGCUGAAAUGUGUAUUUUGAUCAUGGCGUUUCAAAAUCUUUGCUUCUAUUUAAUAAUUAUAAGGCCACUAAACUAACAUUAUGGCUUGAAAUUUUCAUAGAAUAUUCUUCAUUUAGAGAAGAAAAAUAACCAAAGUUUUUAGGAAAUGACGUUUUGUAGUUUUCCUCACAAAAAACAAAGUGUGACAGGAAAUCUGCUAAGACGCAAACCAAUUACGCAUUUCUGCAGUUUCACCACAAAUUUUCCAUCAAGGACAAAGAUCAGAAGUGACAGCAAAUAUUAAAAACUUACUUGAAAGAUAGAUUCUUGUAAAAGCUACAUCCAAAAUGCUUUCUUAUUUCUCAAAAUUUGUCAUUAAUUUUUUAAUAAAAAAUUUGCAAGUCUUAAGCACAAUUGGACCGCUUUUAGCAGGAAGGAUCCAAGCCACAUUGGCUAUCGCCAAAUUCAUCUGGGCAAUUUAAUUUUUACAAGGAAACGUUUGUGCAGAUUCCUUUGAAAAUUUCAAGGAGUUAACUUUGUACUAUGCAGAAAACGUUUCUUGUUAAAAAAUUAAAUCGCCCAAUUAAUGGAUCCUGCACCCUCCUAAAGAGAAAAUGCACCUCGAUCGAUUUUCAAUUUUUUUACCCCGUUCAAUUUAUCUCAAGAUGCUGAUCGAAAGUGAUCAUUGCGCCAACUUUCUACGAUGCACCGUUUUCGCACAAUCCGCGUGGAAUGUAUCAAUUAUUUGGCAAUAAAGAGUCAAAAAGAAUAAGGCAUUCGAGAACAGGGCUGAUGUGAAUAAGGAAAAACUUAGCGAGUGUCUGUCUUCUUAUCUAUUCCUAUCUACUCCGGGGCUAUCUCCCUCCCGCUCUUGUGCAUUUAACGUUCACUGUUUUUCUCCAACUUUCUUGUUCUAAUGCUCCUCACGAAUCUAAUUUGGAUAGUCAAGCAAAAAGGCGUGCAGAAUUCGAGAUAAGACUGCCGCUCAGUGCUAGAGUUCCCCUGAUUUCCUUGUUGACACACAGCCAACCAUUCACACAAGUGCUGAAAUGAGGAAUUUUUCUGACUCUUCAUCGCUGAAUAAUUAAAACGUUCCAGGGGUAUUGUGCGGAAACGGUGCAUUGUAGAAAGUUGGCGCAAUGAUGACUUUUGAUUAGCAUCUUAAGAUGAAUUGAAUUCAGUAAAAAAAAUAAAAAAUCGAUUGUGGUGCACUUUCCCAUAAGGAGUGUGCAGGGUCCUUUGGCAAUAGUUGAUGUGGCUUGGUUCCUUUCUGUUUCAUGCGGUCUAAUUUUAACUUGAAUAGGCUUUUCUGUAAUCUUUUGUAAAAGUCUCUACAACAACUCCAGUAUAAAGUAAAUUCCUUGAAGUCUCAACUGCUCUUUCAAUUUCUAUGAGGACUUUCUAUGCUGGUUAAUUUUCCUAUUCAAGGGAUUAUAGACCUAUCUGUCACCGAAAAUAUUCCUGUUAUUAAUGGCAAUUCUUUCCCAUUUGAGUUUGUUUAAAAAGAUGAAUUAUGGAGUUAUUCUUUUUUAUUUAUGUCACAAAUCUUGUGCAGAAUGAUCUCUUAUAAAUUCAGAACCAGAACAGACAACUCGAAUGAUGACCUUUUCAUUUUACAACUCAUUUUUGUGGAGGUGUAUUCUGAUGUUUUUCUUUGGUCAUGUAUUCAGAUUGCUCCAUACUUUUGUAAAGACAGAUUUAUAUUUUUUAUUUUAUUUUUUUUUUUGCAAAACUUUCUGCCCCUAAAUGUAGGUUGCUAGGAGGCCCAAAUUUUUUCAGCCUAUAUUAAUUGUAAGAGGUUGAAUAAAAAUGCUGAGAAGUUUUAAGAGAAAGGUUUUUGUAUUCCCUCACAUGAUUCAGAUAGAAAUUUAGCAACUUUAGUAAAAUAAUCCGCCAACAAUUUUUUUCUGGUAAUUUUUUUUUCCCUGAGGAAUUGAUGAUCCUUUUCAAUGCAUUUAUGAAAUACUUGAACAAUCAUUAAGCUACGAAGAAGAUUUAAGGGCAAACCUUUCAUGAAGGCGCUGAUAUUUGUUUUAGUAGCCACAUUAGUCACUAAUCUUUUUCAAUCGUGAUGAAAUGGAAAUAAAUUUUUGUUCGUCCAACAGGAUGUAACUCUAAUCCAGGCACAAUAGACUACCCUUAUUUUUGAAACCAAAACUAAAUUGUUAAAUUUAAAAAAAAAAAAAAAAAAAAAAAAAAAAAAAACA